AUGGAAGGCGUGGUGCCUGUAUCCCACUACCUGCCCGCUGCGGAACCGCUUGCGACCGGCGACAGCAGCUCGUUGGAGUCGCACCUGAACUACCUGGUCGCGAUUGACUACACUCCCGUCCUGCACACAGACGAUCUGGCGGAGUUGACGCGCCGGAAUGCUCAGACCAUGGUUGCGCAGCUCUGCGCGCUGCCGCACGAGUCGACAGAGGACGGCCUGCUCGUCGCGCUCCCGCCCCCUGUGAAGAACUCGGCGUUCAAAAUGCCGCGCAUGCACCCGGUGCCGGCGGCGCGCCCGCUGACGCGUUGGGAGCAGUUUGCGAAGGAGAAGGGCAUCCAGAAGCGGAAGCGGAGUCGGCUGGUGUGGGACGAGCACACGCGCGACUGGGUUCCGCGGUGGGGCCACAAAGGCGUCCAGCAGAAGAAGGCGCUCGCGGAGGCUGUCAUCGAGGCCAAGGGCGGCGAGUACUUGGGACGGCGCGGCCGCGACCGCGGCGUGGCGAAGCGCCUCAAGACGAAUCCGCCCGCAAAGGCGCGAGCGGCCGCGGAGAGCACUUGUCCCUUCGAAGAGGAAGCCAAGGAGGCGACGCUGCGCAAGGCGAAGCAGAAACUGCGCGAACUCCGCAACAAAAUGGAAGCCGAAACGAACCGCAGACUCCCCGCCGGCGUCCUCGCGACCCUCGCGAGCGGCGGAGAAAGCAAGCUGGGGAAAGACGGCAAGAAAGCGGGACUCAAACACAGGAGGCAAACCAAGGAAGCGCUCCAGGAAGUCUUAAGGCGCGCGCAGACCUCCACUGCGUCGUUUGGGCAGUUCGAUCGCUUGGCGCGAAACGAGAAGAAGGAGAAACAGAAGACUCGCACGAGGGGCGUUUCGCUGUCUCUCGAAGAGGAGCGUGGAAAGUACCGGCGACACUUGAAGGACAUCAUGACAGCUGCGCCCGCAGAAGCUUGA